AUGACAAAGAACAAGAAACCGUACGACUACAGUGAACUGCCUGAUCCGCCUGGCUAUCCUCCACUGCCGAUAAACAACUCGCCUCAACAACAAAGUCAACAGUCUUCGCAACAACAGCCACAACCACAGCAGACACAACAGCCACAAUCCUCGCCUUCCUCGCCACCUCCUCCCAAGAAGCCAUCCCCCAUGCAGCCGCAGCAGAAGCAGAUGUCGCGACAAGCAUCCACUGUGCACAGCAGAGCGGAACAACAAGCAGUCUUCUUGGAGCAGAGGCAGCUAAAGUUCAAGAAGGCAGCCAUGCAAGCCAAAUCAUCAGGGGACAUGGAGCUCGCCAAGAAGUACAUGAGGAUGGCUAAGGGUUUUGACCAGAUGAUCGAAGCAUCUAAAUCAGGCCUUCCGGUUGAUCUCUCUCAGAUCCCCACACCACCAGGAGAGGACGUGGAUGGCGACUUUGUGUUGGUGAACGCGAGUGAUGUGUGCAGUGACGACGCACAGGAGGUCUAUAAGAAGUUGCAGGAUGAACUUCUGCAUCAGAUCAAGGUGGUUGCAAUAUUCUUUCCCCUCCCUUUGAAACAAAAACGAUUUGAAAGCGAAUUAGGUUUCUUUGAAAUCGUCCUUCAAAUUUACGACAACGUUUUUCUGCUGUACGACAUUCAUCGUCGGAGCACAGAUCAACAGGAUGAGGUGUGGAAGUUGCAAGCCUGUGUCCGGGUUCUUGAUAUUACUCAUAUCCUGAUCAAAGAACAUUCCAUCAACGACUUGAACCGCUUUUUAUCAAUUCUUCUCCAUGAACGAAAUGGUUUUUUUGUUUUUAUGCAUGGUCUAUUUAAGCGUUGCUGUAACAAGUUGAAGUGGACGAGAUUUUGA